UCCUGUAAAUUUGUUUUGUUUUUAAAUUGUGUUAUAAAUUACAAAAAAAACAAUUGCGUCCAAAUAUAAAUAAAUUCUUUUUUGAAAAUAAUAAAAUAUAAUAGAACGGUGGAUCUAAUGGAUCAAGAUGACUAUUGGAAUACUUCUGCAACAAAAGCCUUUAGUUUUGAUGAAAGUGAUGACUUAUUACCGCCUUCAACUUUUGGAAAGAGCCGCUUGAUAGCCGAUGAUAAUGUAUCAGAAAUCAGUACAGAAGAAAGUAUUGCAUCCCCUGAAGAAUUUCAAUUGAAUCAGUUUAUUUCUGACGAAAACUUAAAAAUGUUAAUUGAGGAACAAUCCCUUAAUCCUGAACCGUUAAAAAAAGGAAUAUCAAAUGAUGAAGAACUUCGUUAUCUUAGGAGAAAAAUUCAAGAAAGUAUUCAUCCACCGCCAGCUGAAAUAACAGCGAAAAAAUUAUUAUUUGGUAAAAAGUGUUCGUUAGAGCCAUAUAAAGCUUUAGAAGAAAAAGUUGCUUUGCUUGAUGAAGUAAUCGCAACGGGAAACGGUGGUGCCAUUUUAGGAGUUGUUAUUUUCUUGGAAAAAACCUUAAAUAAAAAGCAGUUUAAUAAAAUUUUAAUGACUCGUUCGGAUGCUGCAAAUCAUUAUUUAAAUUAUUUAGAAUCUAAAAUGAAAAUUUAUGAAGCUACAGAUAUAUUGUCAAUGCUUGGGCGAGAUUUGGAUGCUGCUAUGUUACAAUUUAAAAUCGCUGUUAAAAUGUAUUCAGACCCUCAAAUUCAGAGACAAAAAUUAAAACGAGUUUAUUGUGAUUAUUUUACACAACCUGGUACUAAUCCUCAUAUAGCUCAAUUCGUUAGUAAUGCUAUCAAUCUCCUUGAAUGGCAACUUUUGGAAAAAACUAAAGGGACUCCGGAGUCUAGUGAUUUGGUUGGUAAAACACCAGUAGAAACAUUAUAUUAUGCAUGUUCAAAGCAUAAUUGGAAAGAUUCUCAUUCUAGCGAUAGCACGAAUCCUUUUAAAUUUAUAAAUGAUUUUAAAAUUAGCCGUAGUUUAUUUGAAUGGACAGCAUUAAAUGAAAGAGGGAAAUCUAAAGCUUAUCCUGAUUUAGAAAAAAUCUUUGAAAAGAGUAGUUGGACAUCCUUGAUAGCAAAACCUUUUCAAAUUAAUAUUCCAUUAGAUUUAGCAAUCAUGAGAUUAGCUGAUCUUGAAGCUCCCUCACCAGUUUUACAAAAUUUUUUAGCAAAAGUAAACGAUUCAAAUGAUCGUUUAGAACUAGCACAAGCAAUAAAAUGUUCAAAGGGAAUUAUUGAUGCUCUUGCUGCUCUAAAAGAUAAAGAAGAACUACAGAAGUAUAUUAAUUCUUUACCAGAAGGUUCCGAAGAACGUUUUUAUGGCGAAAAUACUUUAAAAUCUGUUGGAAAAAAAUGGCCCAUAGAAAGUUUACCAUUAAUGAAAAAAUAAUCAAAAGCCUAGGAAAAUUUAUUAUCGAUAAAAAAAAUGCACAAUCACUAAAAUAUAAUUUUUGACCAACCUGCUCUCUAUACGCUUAUCUUCAACACAGAUAUUUUAUUUUAAAUUAUUUGAUGAAAGAUAAAAAUGUUAAUAGAUUUAUAUUUUUGUAUUAUGGCAUUAAAACUAUUUGUUAACAUUGUUAAAAAUGUAA